GUAAUUUCCUCCAAGUUUCUCCCUUUUUUUCUUUAUUGCUUUGCUUAUAUUUGCGUCUCUUUGUUCUCUAAUCACAGUUUUGUGUAAUUUCCUUGAUAUUCCGCUCGUCAAUCCUCUCGUCUUCUCGGAAAGAAAAUAUUAUGGGUCAAGUUUUGGGAUGUGUCCAAGUUGAUCAAUCGACUGUAGCAAUCAAAGAGACUUUUGGGAAAUUCGACGACGUUCUUGAGCCAGGAUGUCACUGUUUGCCAUGGUGCUUGGGAAGUCAAGUCGCUGGUCACCUUUCACUGCGUGUUCAGCAGCUCGAUGUUCGCUGCGAGACGAAAACUAAGGAUAAUGUGUUUGUCACUGUUGUUGCUUCCAUUCAAUACCGUGCCUUAGCGGAGAGUGCUCAAGAUGCUUUUUACAAGCUCAGCAACACGAGGAAUCAGAUUCAAGCUUAUGUCUUUGAUGUGAUCCGAGCAAGUGUACCUAAGCUGGAUCUAGACUCAACCUUUGAGCAAAAGAACGACAUUGCAAAAACCGUUGAGAGUGAGCUUGAAAAGGCUAUGUCCCAUUACGGGUAUGAGAUAGUCCAGACGCUUAUUGUGGAUAUCGAGCCAGAUGUGCAUGUCAAGAGGGCAAUGAAUGAGAUCAAUGCCGCUUCGAGGAUGAGAGAGGCGGCGAGUGAAAAAGCUGAGGCAGAGAAGAUACUUCAGAUCAAGAGAGCAGAGGGAGAAGCUGAAUCGAAAUACCUUUCAGGUAUGGGUAUAGCCCGUCAGAGACAAGCCAUUGUGGAUGGUCUGAGAAACAGUGUGCUCGCCUUCUCUGAGUCUGUUCCAGGGACAUCUUCUAAAGACGUCAUGGAUAUGGUUCUGGUCACUCAGUACUUUGACACAUUGAAGGAGAUUGGUGCGUCUUCCAAGUCAAACUCGGUGUUCAUACCGCACGGUCCAGGAGCUGUUAAGGACAUUGCUUCACAGAUCAGGGAUGGUCUUCUUCAGGGUAACGCUGCUGAUUCGUGAUCUCAAAGUACAAAGCUUUCUUCAGGGCUUAGUUGUGUUGAUACUUAGUAGAGCUUUCUUCAUGGUUUAGUUGUGUUGCAACUUGGUAUUAUUUAUCUUUAGCGGUUUGGCUUUCUAUUUUGUGAAGGAUACCUUAAAAUACUUAUCGUUGGUCUGUUUAUCGGCUUGUGGAUUGGAUCCUCUGUCUUGUUUAGUAGGUUUGGAGUAUACUAAAUUUUUUUUUACUACAUUA